AUGGGAACGAAAUCUCCUAGGCUUUGUAGAUCGACAAAUCCCGCUUCUGAUGGUGGUGGUACUGUUCAGAAACUCGCCGGGAAAAAAAUUUUGGUGGCGGUGUGCGACAGCAGCAGGACACCGAAACAGCUCAAAUCAAUGCAAGAACCUUCUAGAACCGCCACCGGUUACCCGGCCCCACCCUUCAACCACCCUAACGGUGGCCAACCGCCACCGCCAUCCACCACCGCCUACCCCUACGCCGCACCUCCUCCCUACCAGCCCCAUCCUCAGUACUACAAUCCCCAACCCUACCAACAGCGCUACUCCCCUUCCCGCUCCUUCUUCCGCGCCUUCAUCGCCACCAUGAUCUGCCUCGCCGUCGUCUUCGGUGUCGUCCUCAUUAUCACCUGGCUCGUCCUCCGCCCUUCCCUCCCUCACUUCACCAUCACCACCUUCUCCGUCCAGAACUUCUCCACAACCGCACAAACCGUCUCCGCCACGUGGCACCUCACCUUCCUCCUCCGCAACAAUAACCACAAGAUGUCCGUUACCUAUAACGUGCUUCGCCCUUCCCUCUUCUACCACUCUAACUACCUUGCCGACUCGCAGCUACCGCCGUUCAAGCAGGACACCAGGUCCGAGAACACGCUCAACGCAACCUUGGUUGCCGUCGACGCCUACCUCGAGCCACGCGCCGUGACCGAUUUGAACGCCGAGAAGUCGAGUGGCUCCGUUACGUUCGACGUCCAGCUGCUGGCUUCCGCAUCCUUCCGAUCCGGUUCGUGGCGGUUCAGGCCGCGCGUGCUCAAGGUUCUCUGCCGGAAGGUUCCCGUGGGCUUAACGUCGAAAUCCUCCUCCGGUCAGCUUGUCGGCGGAUCCAGGGAGUGCCAGGUGUGGACUUGA